GGCGGCGAGCGGCGGGCGGCGGUGUCCAGGCGGCCUGCGGUGUUUGGAGCCCGGCCGGCCGUGGGGAGGGGGAAGGAGCGGCCGCCACCAUGUCGGCGGGCGGCCGCGACGAGGAGCGGCGGAAGCUGGCCGACAUCAUCCACCACUGGAACGCCAACCGGCUGGACCUGUUCGAGAUCAGCCAGCCGACCGAGGAUCUGGAGUUUCAUGGAGUCAUGAGAUUUUAUUUUCAAGAUAAAGCUGCUGGAAACUUUGCAACAAAGUGCAUUCGGGUAUCUAGCACGGCAACUACUCAAGAUGUGAUUGAAACACUGGCAGAGAAGUUCCGCCCUGAUAUGCGCAUGCUGUCCUCUCCCAAGUAUUCUCUCUAUGAAGUGCAUGUCAGUGGAGAAGAAAGAAGAUUAGACAUUGAUGAGAAACCUCUAGUUGUACAGUUGAACUGGAACAAAGAUGAUCGGGAAGGUAGAUUCGUCCUUAAGAAUGAGAAUGACGCCAUUCCAGCCAAGAAGGCUCAGAGUAAUGGACCCGAGAAGCAGGACAAGGAAGGCGUUAUCCAGAACUUCAAGAGAACUCUCUCAAAGAAAGAAAAGAAGGAAAAAAAGAAGAGGGAAAAAGAGGCAUUGAGACAAGCCUCUGAUAAGGAAGAAAGGCCUUCUCAAGGGGAUGACAGUGAGAAUUCUCGACUGGCUGCUGAAGUUUACAAAGAUAUGCCUGAAACCAGCUUUACGCGAACAAUUUCUAACCCUGAGGUGGUUAUGAAACGGCGGCGGCAGCAAAAGCUUGAAAAGAGAAUGCAAGAGUUUCGGAGCUCAGAUGGGCGGCCUGACUCAGGUGGAACAUUGAGAAUAUAUGCAGACAGUUUAAAACCAAAUAUUCCAUACAAGACAAUCCUGCUGUCUACUACAGACUCUGCAGACUUUGCUGUGGCGGAAUCUCUGGAGAAGUAUGGUCUAGAAAAAGAGAGUCCCAAGGACUACUGCAUUGCCCGGGUUAUGCUUCCUCCUGGAGCCCAGCAUUCUGAUGAAAGAGGUGCUAAGGAAGUUAUUCUUGAUGAUGAUGAGUGUCCUUUGCAGAUCUUCAGGGAAUGGCCAAGUGACAAAGGGAUUUUAGUCUUUCAAUUGAAGAGGAGGCCACCGGACUAUAUCCCAAAGAAAAUGAAGAAGCAUGUUGAAGGGAAGCCGCUGAAGGGGAAGGAUAGGGUCGACGGGUCUGGCUAUGGUUCUACUCUUCCUCCUGAGAAACUGCCCUACUUAGUAGAGUUAAGUCCAGGGAGAAGGAGUCACUUUGCCUACUGCAGCUAUCACACUUACGAAGAUGGCUCUGACUCCAGAGACAAGCCAAAGUUAUACCGCCUUCAAUUAAGUGUGACUGAAGUCGGGACAGAGAAGUUCGAUGACAAUUCUAUCCAGUUGUUUGGCCCAGGAAUUCAGCCCCAUCACUGUGACCUCACUAACAUGGAUGGAGUGGUCACUGUGACACCCAGAAGUGUGGAUGCAGAGACGUACGUGGAUGGCCAGCGCAUCUCGGAGACGACCAUGCUGCAGAGCGGCAUGACAGUGCAGUUCGGCUCCUCACAUGUGUUCAAGUUUGUGGACCCCAUUCAGGACCACGCUCUUUCGAAGAGGUCUGUGGAUGGAGGCCUGAUGGUCAAGGGCCCAAGACAUAAACCUGGAGCCAUUCAGGAGACAACCUUUGAUUUGGGAGGAGAUAUUCACAGUGGGACAGCAUUGCCAGUAAGCAGGAGUACUACUAGACUGGACAGUGACAGAGUGUCCUCUGCCUCCAGCACAGCUGAGCGAGGGAUGGUGAAGCCAAUGAUCCGCCUGGACCAGGAGCAGGAUUACCGACGAAGAGAAAGCAGAACUCAGGAUGGGGCUGGGCCUGAACUGACACUGCCUGCCAGCGUUGAAUUCAGGGAAAGCUCUGAAGAUUCUUUUUUAUCUGCCAUUAUAAACUAUACCAAUAGCUCUACAGUCCAUUUUAAGUUGUCACCUACAUAUGUGUUAUACAUGGCGUGCCGGUAUGUAUUGUCCAGCCAGCACAGGCCCGACAUCAGUCCGACAGAGCGCACACAUAAGGCCAUUGCUGUCGUCAACAAGAUGGUGAGCAUGAUGGAAGGGGUCAUUCAGGAAGUAGACCAGGUUGAUCAGAAACAAAAGAACAUUGCAGGGGCGCUUGCGUUCUGGAUGGCGAAUGCAUCUGAACUUCUCAACUUCAUCAAGCAGGACCGAGACCUUAGUCGGAUCACACUAGAUGCCCAGGACGUCUUAGCACACUUGGUUCAGAUGGCAUUUAAGUACUUGGUUCACUGUCUUCAGUCAGAACUUAAUAACUACAUGCCAGCCUUUCUGGAUGAUCCAGAGGAGAACAGUCUGCAAAGACCAAAAAUAGAUGACGUGCUGCACACACUCACAGGAGCCAUGUCCUUGCUGAGGCGCUGCAGAGUCAAUGCUGCCCUGACCAUCCAGCUGUUCUCUCAGCUUUUCCAUUUUAUCAACAUGUGGCUGUUCAACAGACUGGUGACUGACCCAGACUCGGGCCUGUGCUCCCACUACUGGGGAGCGAUUAUCCGCCAGCAGCUAGGGCACAUUGAAGCCUGGGCGGAGAAGCAGGGCCUGGAGCUGGCAGCUGACUGUCACUUGAGCAGGAUUGUGCAGGCUACUACUUUGCUUACCAUGGAUAAGUAUGUACCUGAUGACAUUACAAAUAUAAACAGUACGUGCUUUAAGUUAAAUUCUCUGCAACUUCAAGCCUUGUUACAGAACUACCACUGUGCACCCGAUGAGCCUUUUAUUCCUACGGAUCUCAUAGAAAAUGUUGUGGCUGUUGCUGAGAACACAGCUGAUGAGCUUGCCCGCAGUGACGGCAGAGAUGUGCAGUUGGAGGAGGACCCAGACCUACAGCUACCCUUUCUCUUGCCAGAAGAUGGCUAUUCCUGUGAUGUCGUCAGAAACAUUCCAAAUGGUUUACAAGAGUUUUUAGACCCUCUGUGCCAGAGAGGAUUUUGCAGAUUGGUUCCUCAUACACGUUCACCAGGUACUUGGACAAUAUAUUUUGAAGGUGCAGAUUAUGAAAGUCACCUUAUGCGUGAGAACACAGAACUGGCCCAGCCUCUGAGGAAGGAACCUGAGAUAAUCACGGUGACCCUAAAAAAACAGAAUGGAAUGGGCCUCAGCAUUGUUGCAGCAAAGGGUGCUGGCCAGGAUAAACUGGGAAUCUACGUGAAGUCUGUUGUGAAAGGAGGAGCUGCAGAUGUGGAUGGACGUCUAGCUGCUGGGGACCAGCUCCUCAGUGUGGAUGGACGAAGUCUGGUUGGACUUUCUCAGGAAAGGGCAGCAGAACUCAUGACAAGAACCAGUUCAGUGGUCACACUUGAAGUUGCAAAGCAAGGCGCCAUCUAUCACGGCCUGGCCACCCUCCUUAACCAGCCAUCCCCCAUGAUGCAGAGAAUUUCAGAUCGUCGCGGCUCAGGUAAACCCAGACCAAAGAGUGAAGGUUUUGAGCUCUAUAAUAAUUCAGGUCAAAAUGGCUCCCCAGAGAGUCCUCAGAUGCCUUGGACAGAGUACAGUGAGCCAAAGAAACUUCCUGGUGACGACAGGCUGAUGAAAAACAGAGCAGAUCACCGUUCCAGCCCUAAUGUGGCAAAUCAGCCUCCUAGUCCUGGAGGGAAGAGUCCAUAUGCCUCUGGAACAGCGGCUAAGAUAACAUCUGUCUCCACUGGAAACCUGUGCACUGAGGAGCAGACCCCUCCACCUAGACCUGAAGCCUAUCCCAUCCCUACUCAGACAUACACCAGAGAGUAUUUUACCUUUCCAGCUUCAAAAUCCCAGGACCGGAUGGCUCCUCCUCAGAACCAGUGGCCAAAUUAUGAGGAAAAGCCACAUAUGCACACAGAAAGUAAUCAUUCCAGUAUUGCAAUCCAGCGUGUUACCCGUUCCCAGGAAGAGCUUCGAGAAGAGAAGGGUUACCAGCUUGAGCGGCAUCGAGCAGAGGCUGGCAUGGAUCGCAAGUGUGACAGUGACAUGUGGAUCAAUCAGAGCUCCUCAGUGGAUUCCAGCACAUCCAGCCAAGAGCACCUGAACCACUCCUCCAAGUCAGUCACCCCUGCUUCCACUCUGACCAAAAGCGGUCCCGGACGUUGGAAAACCCCCGCAGCAGUACUGCCUACCCCUGUGGCUGUCUCCCAGCCCAUUCGAACAGACCUCCCUCCCCCACCCCCUCCGCCUCCUGCCCACUACACCAGUGAUUUUGAUGGCAUUCCAGUGGAUCUGCCCCUCCCACCUCCUCCUGCCAACCAGGCAGGACCCCAGUCUGCUCAGGUGGCUGCUGCAGAGAGGAAAAAGAGAGAAGAGCAUCAGCGGUGGUAUGAGAAAGAGAAGGCCCGCCUCGAGGAGGAGCGCGAGAGGAAGCGCAGGGAACAGGAGCGGAAGUUGGGGCAGAUGCGCACGCAGUCCCUGAACCCUGCUUCCUUCUCUCCUUUGGCCACACAGGCCAAGCCAGAAAAGCCUUCCACACUGCAGAGGCCCCAAGAAACAGUCAUCCGGGAGCUGCAGCCCCAGCAGCAGCCCCGCACGAUCGAGCGCAGGGACCUGCAGUACGUCACCAUCAGUAAAGAAGAGCUGUCCUCUGGGGACAGUCUGUCUCCAGACCCCUGGAAACGAGAUGCCAGGGAGAAGCUGGAGAAGCAGCAGCAAAUGCACAUCGUCGACAUGCUGAGCAAGGAGAUCCAGGAACUGCAGAACAAGGUGGACCGCACCGCAGAGGAGAGUGACCGCCUGCGGAAGCUUAUGCUGGAAUGGCAGUUCCAGAAGAGACUGCAGGAGUCCAAGCAGAAGGAUGAGGAUGACGAGGAAGAGGAAGAUGAUGAUGUGGACACCAUGCUGAUCAUGCAGCGUCUGGAGGCUGAGCGGAGAGCCAGGCAGACUGCUAUGCCAGCAAUCUCUGUUCUAGAUUUGUUGCAGGAUGAGGAGCGCAGGCGCCAGCAGCAGUUGGAAGAGAUGCGCAAACGAGAAGCAGAAGAUCGUGUAAGACAAGAGGAAGAUCGACGCCAUCAGGAGGAGGAGCGAGUAAAGAGAGAUGCUGAAGAAAAGAGGCGACAGGAAGAAGGGUAUUACAGCCGCCUAGAAGCUGAGAGGCGCAGACAGCACGACGAGGCAGCACGAAGGUUGCUGGAGCCCGAAGAGCCUGGGCUGAGCCGACCUCCACUUCCACGGGACUAUGAGCCCCCAUCCCCGUCCCCAGCACCCAGCGCCCCUCCUCCCCCACCUCAGCGAAACGCCUCCUACCUCAAAACACAGGUCCUCUCCCCAGACUCGCUGUUCACUGCCAAGUUUGUUGCAUAUGAUGAUGAUGAGGAGGAGGACUGCGGCCCAGCAGGUCAGGAUAAGUACCCCAGCACAAGGAGGUCUCAUGAGCACCUUCCUCUUGCUGCCCCUAAGCCGCAGCAGCCCCCCUGCCAGCCACGCCCAGCCUCGGAUGGCAUCUUUCUCUCCAACUCAUUCCAGCCACCCUUGGCCAAAGCCAACAGUACUGCUAACAAAGCAGGCCAGCCCCCACCCCCUCCAGGCAAACCGAGCUUCUGCCGUCCUGGCCCCUGGAAAGGUAGAGGACCACACUCUUAUACGGGAUCUGCUGGAACAGCUUCAGCAGUCCAUGAUGUUCCUCGGGACCCAAGAGAGAAGCACACUAGAAGCCAAGAUGCAGACUUUCCAGGCAGUUCUGGAGCCCCUGAAAACCUGACAUUUAAAGAGCGUCAGCGCCUCUUUUCACAAGGUCAAGAUGUGUCUGACAAAGUAAAAGCUUCUCGUAAAUUAACAGAACUUGAGAAUGAACUGAACACCAAGUGAGAAGAGAAGACAAGAGAAGAGAAGAGAAGAGAAGAGAAGAGAAGAGAAGAGAAGAGAAGAGAAGAGGGCGCCUUGUGCUCCCAUGAGUCUGGUUUUGUGGGGGUGAGCCUGAAGAGGAGGGAACAGUUCUAGUGUUAAAGUGAUUUCUAAUUUCUGUUUUUAAAGUGGUUGCAAGUUAGAGAUGUUCCAAUUCUAAGAAAUCUUGUUUUACUUUACCAAGAAGUCCUGCCUACUUCCUAUUGAUUUGACUCAGAUGAAGUUAUCUUCUGUUGUUAGCUUCUUUGGGGAGUCUUAGACUCAAGGGGCAGAGUGAUGGGCAGUAAAGGUCACAGGGUGUUUCCUCUGCCCUCUUUCCCCUGUCAUUCCAAGGACAGUAGGCCAAAAGAUUAUCUUUCUGUUCUUUCUCAAAACUCCACUUGGCCACCAGACAGUGACAGCUGAAUAGCACAGGCCAGUACUGUGUUCCAGUGGAGGCAGGACUGUCAGCCUGGAGCCGCUGCCUCCCAAGUCCAGGGCAGAUAGAUGUCCCCACUGUACCGUCUGUAAUGAGCAUUAGGUGGCUAAAUGGAGUAUCUUAUAUGUAAGAUGCACAACACAUUAUUCUUGACAGACUUGAGCUCCUGAUCAAUCCUAAAUGUUUGAGAUUAUCUAAUUAAUAAUUCAGUUUUGAAAAUUCUCAAAAUUUUAAAGGUUUAACCCUAGGGGAUUUUAUUUUUAUAGAUACCAAAUCAUUAUUAGACUAAUCAUUGGUGAAAAUUAAAGAUGAUGGUUAUGUUGGGAAGUUACAUAAUAUUUCAGAUAUUCCAAAGAAUCUAGACCUCUCUAGCUAAACGGCAUUCAUCUGGGUAGAAGAGAAGACGUCAGAGAAGAGUGGAGCUCACAGGUGGCAGUCAAACAUAGCUAUCAGAAAUUUAAAUUUAACAAAGGUUUGUGUUAGGUAUACUGUCAUAAAGGGGAGGAAUUGGUUACUGUGCCAUCUGAACUUAUUACUGUAAGAAUAACUUGUGGUAGCUCAAUCUACAUUUCUUUUACAGCAUAAUAGAAUAGUUUAAUUUUAAUUUUUGAAUUUGCGCUGUUAUUCCUCCAGCUGAGUUGUGGGAGACAACUUGUUUAUGUUUGUGUAAAAGCAAACUUUAUGACUUCAAGCACACUUCCUAUUUGGCAAAGCCCUAAUGUGGAUCUAGAUGAUCUUUCUGUACCAUACUAUUCUCUGACAAGACUGUACGUUAGGAAAACAGGCACACUUUCAAAUAGAACAGAAGCAUUUGCAACCUUAAAACCACUUUUAAUAAGAACUGUAUGAUAAAUUGUUGAAAUACAAAUGUAAAUAUUUUUUAUGUCUAGUAAGCUUCCUAUUUGAAAGUGCCUCUGCUGUUUCCUCUGUGAGAGAAUUGAAUGGUCCCGAGAGCUAAUGAAGGUUUGCACACUUGCCUAGGAAGUACAAUCUCCUUGUGUCUGGAGCACACUGGCAGCCUUUGGGCAGAUCCAUACCUCCCAGAGAGGAGCAGAUGCCUGCUGUUGCUUGUACGUGGGAAGACAGACGCACACAGGAACCUGCAAACAUCUGAAAACUCUGUAUGUGUGUGUGAAACCCAUAGUGAAGUAGACUCGGCCUCCCUGGACAGUGAGAGCGACUGUGAAUGUGUGUUGUAAGGGCGUUACAUAGUGUGUUACGGUGGGGAAACACCCAAACUGCUGUUUUCCAUUUCUACUGUAUUUCAGUUGCAGCCUAUUUUUAAUAAACUUUGUAUCUAUUUAAGUGUAUUUGCUAUUGUUUUCAUCAAAGUGUGAUAAAGUUUAUAUUUGUAAUGCCUGCCCUCCUCUCCCCCAUUUCCAUCUGUCACUACUCCAUUAAACAGUGCUGAGUGUCA